AUGCGAAACAGAGGUGCUGCAUCUACUGAGAACUUCGUGAAAGCUGGAUAUGCUGUGAUAUUUCUGUAUAGGAGGGGAACUUGCCAGCCAUAUUGCCGGUCUCUUCCGGAUGAUCCAUUCCUUGAAUGUUUUGAGUUUCCAGAUAAGACAAACAUUCAAGUUAAUGCAUCACAUCUGGAAGCUGUGAAAAUGGCUGUUAUGGACCAGCAAGAAGCCGUUGCAGAAGCUCGCUUAAUAAAGCUCCCGUUCUCAACCAUAUAUGAGUAUCUUCAGAUGCUGCGGUUGAUUGCAACGGCACUGAAAGAUGUCGGUCCGUGUUCAAUGUUUUAUCUUGCUGCUGCUGUGUCUGACUUUUAUGUGCCAUGGAAGAGCAUGACAGAGCACAAAAUAGAAUCAGGAUCCGGUCCUUUGGACAUAAGACUAGCUCAAGUCCCUAAAAUGCUUUCAAUCUUGAGAACAAAUUGGGCUCCAGAGGCUUUCUGCAUAUCAUUCAAGCUUGAGACAGACUCAAAGAUUCUGAUAGAGAAAGCUACAAAGGCUCUACGAAAGUACAAAGUGCACGCGGUUGUAGCCAAUGAGCUAUCAACACGCAAGGAGGAAGUUGUGGUUGUUUCAAGCAACAGUAAUGUUGUGGUUCGAUGCGAUCGCGAGAAGCCUGAAUCUAUCGUCGAAGAUAAUCUCAUUCGUCUCAUCGUGGAUCGACAUUCGGCAUACAUCAAAGAAUCUCACACUUAG